CAACUCUUCGCUUUCGUUUCCCGCUGGCGCCUGGCUGCCUCCGGGUUUCGUUUCCCGCCGGCGCCUGGCUCCCGCCGGGUUUCGUUUCCGAGGCGGGGCCGAGGGCGGCGUCGCUGAGGCGCCCAUGGCCUUCGCCCGCCCGCUCCUGCGCGGGCCACUGUCGGGGCCGCUGCUCGGGCGGCGCGGGGUCUGCGCUGGGGCCAUGGCUCCGCCGCGCCGCUUCGUCCUGGAGCUUCCCGACUGCACCCUGGCUCACUUCGCCCUCGGCGCCGACGCCCCCGGCGACGCAGACGCCCCCGACCCCCUCCUGGCGGCGCUGCUGGGGCCCCCGGAGCGCAGCUACUCGCUGUGCGUGCCCGUGACCCCGGACGCCGGCUGCGGGGCCCGGGUCCGGGCGGCGCGGCUGCACCAGCGCCUGCUGCACCAGCUGCGCCGCGGCCCUUUCCAGCGGUGCCAGCUGCUCAGGCUGCUCUGCUACUGCCCGGGCGGCCAGGCCGGCGGCGCACAGCAAGGCUUCCUGCUGCGCGACCCCCUGGAUGACCCUGACACCCGGCAAGCGCUGCUCGAGCUGCUGGGCGCCUGCCAGGAGGCACCACGCCCGCACCUGGGCGAGUUCGAGGCCGACCCGCGCGGCCAGCUAUGGCAGCGCCUCUGGGAGGUGCAAGACGGCAGGCGGCUACAGGUGGGCUGCGCACAGGUCGUGCCCGCCCCGGAGCCCCCGCUGCACCCGGUGGUGCCAGACUUGCCCAGUUCCGUGGUCUUCCCGGACCGGGAAGCCGCCCGGGCCGUUUUGGAGGAGUGUACCUCCUUUAUUCCUGAAGCCCAGGCCGUGCUUGACCUGGUCGACCAGUGCCCAAAACAGAUCCAGAAAGGAAAGUUCCAGGUUGUUGCCAUCGAAGGACUGGAUGCCACGGGUAAAACCACGGUGACCCAGUCAGUGGCAGAUUCACUUAAGGCUGUCCUCUUAAAGUCACCACCCUCUUGCAUUGGCCAGUGGAGGAAGAUCUUUGAUGAUGAACCAACUAUCAUUAGAAGAGCUUUUUACUCUUUGGGCAAUUAUAUUGUGGCCUCCGAAAUAGCUAAAGAAUCUGCCAAAUCUCCUGUGAUUGUAGACAGGUCCCAGCUGGGAGGAACCUUAUACCAUCCUUCUCUCCACCUGCUCGGCAGUGAAGUUUGUGGGACUGGAAUCUUGGAUUCAUCACACUCAAGUCAAGGCCUGGAAUGACCCCUGACAUCCCAGAAGAACAUCUCAGAUAUCAGUGUGAAAAGUUUGGGGAUUUCAAACUGAAAAUCCAAAAGAUAAGUAAAUGAGUGGGAACUCUCUGUUCAGUUCAAUCCCACCCUUCCUUACCAGAUACUAAAGUCAUUUCUACCUUUCCUCUUGAGAUUUGCUGUUAGAUAUUAGAACUUCUCUUUGUCACAUACUUACAGGGAGAUUUUGAUUAUCCAUGGGAUUCCAUCCAUAACCUCAUAAACCACCCCCACGAAGAAAUUAUAUAUCUCGGUGAGUAAGAUUUAAAGUGGAACUUUAUUACUUCACACAUAUGGGAAUUGUUGUACUCACCUUGCUCUUUGCAGUAGGACUAUAUACUGUGGCACCUUCUAAGUGGAAUAUUGGGAAAAGAGUCUCAAUUGCCAUAAUCUUUUGCUUAGUUAUUAUUCAUAUAGCAGGGAUAGUAGUCACAGGUAAGAGAUAAACGUGAAGAUUUUGUUACUAUCAAGUUUACUAGCAUUCACUGUUAGAUGUAGCAAUGCCUCACAUUCUUUGGCCCCUACAAUAUCAGAUAUUACCGAUCUCUACAACAAGUCUGAUUACUGGGUUUGCCCUGAACAAUUUACUCAGUUUAGUAACACCAAUGGACUCUUUGAUGAUUCAGAACUCACUGUCUUAGGGUUUCCCUCUGAUGGCUUUACCUUAAAUCAUUAAGGACCUAAUAGGUAUAAAGGGAUCAUGGUAUGGGAGCAUUUUUAACUCCACCCAGAAAGACACACCUCCUGAUGGCAAAACUCACACCCUUAGACUAGGUGAAGUUGAUAGAAUGAUAGCCAAUGCCUGUCUCUGCUUUAAGAGUAAAGGAAAAGGACCAUACUCGGGAAACCUUAAAUAAUUGCAACAGUAUGCUUGUAAUUGCUGAGAGCACAGAGAUCUAGAGACUAAGAAAGAACAAGGGUGACACCAAACAUUGGGAGAGACUGUGGAAAAAUUUUAACAAUCUAGCCAGACCUCCCAGGUGGAGUUCCCAAUGGGAAUGUCUACCCCGGGCAGAAAUGCCACCCCUCGCCAACCUUAUUAUCAGGUAAUAAAUAGCACAUGGUCCUUCCCAAACAUGCCCACACAUGGAAUCCUGGACCCUUGUAUGAUAUUUGAUAAUGACAGUGAUCUGCAAAUUUGUGAAUGAACAGGGGAUGUCUGGGCCAAUAGCCGCUGUAAGGAGGGUUGUCUAAGAUACUGGCUGGAACAUAUUGCGUCUCUGAUCUUUCGAAACUAUAUUUGCCAAAAAGAUUCUUCCCUCCCAGCAUGUAAAGUUCCAAGCAAUAGUGUGGAUGACUAUACUAAGUAUGGAUAUCCUUAUUCUAAAGAUGCUUGAAUUAGAUGUAGGGAAGGCAACCUUAUAAGGCCUGGACUAAACUUAGCUGGAACCCUCAUGAAUCACAACAUAGAACCAUCCCUUCAGGGAACAGGGCUUUACUUUCUCUGUGGCUCCAGGCUAUGCUUAUUCCUCCCCAGGCACUGGAGAGGAACAUGCACUAUAGUGGCAAUGGUCUCCAAUUUGUUAUUUUGAAACCCCACUGACAGGGUAGCAUCGCUGGGUGACGUCGCCAAUUUGGGCUCUUUUACAGAAAGUGCAUUCCGUCACACAUACCAAAACAGGAGAUCACUUAUCUCUAUGCCAUCAUAUGGAGAUUAAACUGAGAGAGAGAGAACUGGCAAGAAUUUGCACAUGGCAAUCCUAUAUUAGAAAAACCAGGAAUAAAAUAUGCAAUAGCCAGAGGCCUAUUUUGGCUUGGCGGUGUUCGCUUUCUUGAAAGAUCAGUGCUUAAUAUUUCUAUCAUGACGUAACAAGGGUGAAAGGUAACUGUAGGAGCCAUAAAAGCCCAACAGCAGUCCAUAAAUUCUCUGGCCUCAGUGGCCAUGCAAAAUAGACAAACUCUUGAUGUCCUUAUGGGUGAAGUAGGGGGCGCUUGUGCAUUUGUAAAUGAAACAUGCUGUUUCUGGAUCAACACCUCCAGUUAGGUAGAGGAGAAUUUACGAGUGCUUAAAGACUCAAUUAGAAUCAUUGACAAAUUAGGCGAAAAUACAAACUCAGUUGGCUACAAUCCCUUUUUAAUGGAUUCUAGUCUUUGUUUUGGACCUGGUUAGCUCUUCUACUAGGACCUCUUUUUCCUGUGUGCCUUGUGAUAAUGUUUGGACCUUGCAUACUCAAUGCUAUAACCAGAGAGAUGGAGAAAAAGAUGAAUGGUACUCCCAUGUGGAGUGCCACCACAGCCCUGGGCCCUGCCUCCUUGUACAUGUGAUGAGCACAUUUCUACCUGGUUUAAGCCAUUCUUGAUUUGGGUUUCUGAUCCACACAGAGUUGAAUGUAUAUUCUUUUACUUUUUGCACCAAGAACCUAGGACACCUUCACUAACAUAUGGGACUAAAAUGUUAUUGUUGUUGUUUGAGACCGAGUUUCACUGUCACCCAGGCUGGAGUGCAGUAGCCUGAUCGCGGCUCACUGCAACCUCUACCUCCCAGGCUCAAGCAAUUCUUGUGCCUCAGCCUCCCAAUUAGCUGGGAUUACAGGCAUGUGCCACCAUGCCCGGCUAAUUUUUAUGUUUUCUAUAGAGAUGGAGUUUCACCUUAUUGCCCAGGCUGGUCUUGAACUCCUUGGCUCAAACAAUCCUUCCACCUCAGCCUCCCAAAGUGCUGGGAUUACAGGUGUGAGCCAUUGUGCCCAGCCAGUACUAAAACUAUUUAAAAAGAACCCAUGAGGCUGGGUGUAGUGGCUCACGUCUGUAAUCCCAGCACUUUGGGGGGCCGAGGUGGGUGGAUCACUUGAGGUCAGGAGUUCGACUUGUAGUCCCAACUACUCGGGAGGCUGAGGCAGGAGAAUCACUUGAACCCGGGAGGUGGAGGUUGCAGUGAGCUGAGAUGGUGCCACUGCACUCCAGCGUGGGCAACAGAGCAAGAUUCCAUCUCAAAUAAAAUAAAAUAAAAAAUAAAAAGAACCCAUGAGAUAUCAAAUACUAUGCAUAUUGAAGAAAAUACUGAAAUCAAUUAUAUGCAGUUAUUGAUUGAUUGCUUAGAGCUUAACAGACUAGAUCCUGUGGAGUUUUCUUUCUAUCUGCUAGACUGGGGUGCCCCGAGAGAAGGAACCUUGACGCUUUCCUAUGUAAAAUUGUCAUACCCCAAAAGUGCCAGGUACAAAGAUGACAGUGAAUUCAUGUUUCUUGUUUAAUUCUCAAAAUUAUAGUCUAGACAUAAGUUACACUAGAGGAUUAGAAUAUAUAAUAAAGUACGAAUUAUGUGAUAUGAACAA